UGUGUCUGCCUGGGGAUGCUCAAAGGGAACGAUGACCUCAGGAACCUGUCCCUGUCCGGCCACGUGGGCUUCGACAGCCUCCCGGACCAGCUGGUCAACAAGUCAACGUCUCAAGGCUUCUGCUUCAACAUCCUGUGCGUGGGUGAAACUGGCAUCGGCAAAUCAACGCUGAUGGACACUCUGUUCAACACCAAGUUCGAGAGCGAGCCCGCCACGCACAACGAGCCCGGCGUGAGGUUGAAAGCCCGGAGUUACGAGCUCCAGGAGAGCAACGUCCGUCUGAAGCUGACCAUUGUGGACACGGUGGGGUUUGGAGAUCAGAUCAACAAGGAUGACAGCUACAAGCCUAUAGUAGAAUACAUCGACGCCCAGUUCGAAGCCUACCUGCAGGAAGAGCUGAAGAUCAAGAGAUCCCUGUUUAACUACCACGACACGCGGAUCCACGCCUGCCUGUAUUUCAUUGCUCCCACCGGACACUCCCUCAAGUCCCUGGACUUGGUCACCAUGAAGAAGCUCGACAGUAAGGUGAACAUCAUCCCCAUCAUUGCCAAGGCUGACACCAUUGCAAAGAACGAGUUGCACAAGUUCAAGAGUAAAAUCAUGAGCGAGCUGGUCAGCAACGGUGUCCAGAUCUACCAGUUCCCGACGGAUGAGGAGACGGUGGCCGAGAUCAAUGCCACCAUGAGUGUCCACCUUCCUUUUGCCGUGGUUGGCAGCACCGAAGAAGUGAAGAUCGGCAACAAGAUGGCCAAAGCCAGGCAGUACCCCUGGGGCGUCGUGCAGGUUGAAAAUGAGAACCACUGUGACUUUGUGAAGCUGCGGGAGAUGCUGAUCCGAGUGAACAUGGAGGACUUGAGGGAGCAGACACACACCCGGCACUAUGAGCUGUACAGGCGCUGCAAGCUGGAAGAGAUGGGGUUCAAAGACACAGAUCCAGACAGCAAGCCUUUCAGUCUCCAAGAGACCUACGAAGCAAAGAGGAAUGAAUUCCUGGGCGAGCUGCAGAAGAAGGAGGACGAGAUGAGGCAGAUGUUUGUCAUGAGGGUGAAGGAGAAGGAAGCAGAGUUGAAGGAAGCGGAGAAGGAUCUUCACGAAAAGUUUGACCAUCUAAAGAGGACUCACCAAGAAGAGAAGAAAAAAGUGGAAGACAAAAAGAAGGAACUUGAGGAAGAGCUGAACAACUUUCAAAAGAAGAAGGCAGCAGCUCAGCUAUUACAGUCACAGGCUCAGCAGGCAGGUUCUCAACAAACCAAGAAAGACAAGGACAAGAAAAACUUCUUCUUUAUGUAAGCGUCACUUGCCAAAGCCCCCACACCCCCUCUCCCAGUGGAGCGUAGGGCACUGGAAGAGCCGUGGAUCCGGGCACCCCUGCCAGCAGAAGAGCCAUCUCAUUCCUCCAUCACGUGUGCCCUCCUCUCCUUCCCCCUUUGUUCCCACCCGUGCGUCUGAGGGUGUGCUGUGCUGUGUGUCUGUGCGGGAUCUGCCCGCUCCCGGCGCGCCUCCGACAGCGUCCAGGCUUCCGGCACUGCCAGAGGGAACGGCGGCCUCACUGGGACUCGUUGCUCUGGGUUAGUUGGACUUCUCUGCCUCCCUCCCCCUUUUCUUUUGCCAUAACACGCACACACUGAGCGACAGACUGGGGGUGAGGAUCUCAUUUCUGCCUCAAGCCCGCCUCCUUUGGACACCACAGCUUCACCUCAAGGGCGUCCUGUGCUCCUCUGGCACGGCUGGAAAUGUCUCCGUAGACUUGGUGAUGUUCUCAGUGUGUCUCUGUGCGAAGGUGGAUGACACAUCCAGUCAAGGCCUUAUUUUCUGGCUGUGCCUCGCCACGGGCAGGGCAGGAUUCUGGUUUGGUACAGCUGAGCUGCACCGGCUCGUACCUAGAUCGAGGGCUUCAUUUUAUUUUCGUGAAGCCUAACUAGUGGUUAUUUUUGUAACAGUCCUGAAUGUGGGCAAGUUGUUCAAAUUUCUACCUUGUUUACUUGGGAAGUGAACUCUAUCCAAAAGCUUGAGAAGUGCCAAAGGAUGGCUUGAAGGUAAAAACCAAAACCUGUAAAUGGGUGUAGUGACCUCCAGCUGGUUUGGGAUGGAUGGAAGGAGGCAGCCUGAGCCUCUUGGGAUGUUGUUUUGUGUAGAGUGAUGCACUUUUAUUUUUUAACCGAAUACUAGUGAUUUAUUCUUUGCAUCUGUGAACCUUAAUCAAGGAAUCCCCUUCCUUUAACCUGCCGAGGUAAAGCUACCCUGAGGUGGUCUGGGUUUGGCCUCUGGCAAUCGGUGUGUGACGUGCCAGCUGCUGAGGGGCUCUGCUGAAAUCUGCUGGGUUUUUUUUUCCAGAAGCACAAUAUCUUGAAGCACUUUUCAGUGGGAGACAGAAGGAAAACUGCUAUUCCUGGAAACCUUUGCAACCAAAGAGGUGACUUUAUAGGUACACUCAGAAGAGUUACUGAGCUUGGGCUGUACCCUUUUUCCUGGGAUGUAGCUGGACUUGCUGGCUGCUGCCCAGCCUGAAGGGCUGUGGAUAUUUUUCAGAAAAAAAUGGUAACCAUGCAGCCUGAAAACAGGGAUUAAACACAGCCAAGGGCUGCUGGGGCUCAGGGUGUGCUGGUGCUGGAGCCUCUCCUGUGCCUCAUGCAGGCCAGUGGGAUUGCCAGCCUGGCCCAGGGCUGGCUGCACACAAAGGUGGUCGCUGCUGACUGACAACGUGCCUUGCCCAUUAAAUGCCCAGCUUAGUGUGUCUUUCCUUCCAGUGCCGGUUUCCAGUGUCAGUGACUGCUGCUGGGGGCCCAGGGGCCUUGGCUGUGGGCUGUGCAGCUUGGCCAGGUCAGCCACCCCAGCCUCUGGAUGGAUCCUGCAGGCUCCUGUGAGACCCUGUUCCAGGCAGGGAAUCCUCUCUUUAUGUUCCCCUCAGCCCUCACACCGUGUUGGUGUUGUUACUUCUGACCUCCAAACAGAAUUAUAUUCCCAGCUCGAUACAGGGAAGCAGACGGGCACAAGCCAAACACCGAUACUCACGCGGACUGCCUUUAUUUUGCAGCUCUGUAGAGUUUUGCUGUGCUGGUGCCUUGAGUCCUGCUCGCAGCUCCGGACCUCGUGUCUGCAGAAGGACACAGCGGAGUUAGAGAAGGGCACUAAUGGUCAGUGGGCUGGAGCAGCAGCGUGCCAGGUGAGGGGGCUCCGUUUGGAGAGGGAAAGGCAGAGGCGAGCGAGGAUCCAGCCCUGCUGCGAGCAGGAGGUGGCAGCACACGACCUCUGGAGGUCCCCUGCAGCCCAGCUUUAUUUGUGGCUCUUGGGAAGCUCGAUGGCGGUGAGUGCCGAAUGCCGGGCAUUAAAUCCUCCAAUUAAUCCAGUGGGCACUUAGCUGGAAGGAAAUGGGCUGGAGACAUGGAGUAGCUUUCUUACAGAGCAGGUACUGACCUCCCGGCGUUUGUUGCCCCAGGUUGUUGAGGUGGACGGUGGCAGCAGAAGGUUUUGGGCUUGGCUUAGGGUUUUUUAAAAGGUAAAUUCAGGGAGGACAGGUCCAUAAGGGAAACAGUCACAAUCCUUUGGUGGUGGAUAAGGGCGGAGGGGAGGAGUGGGAGGCUGGGAUGUCCGUGGAAUGAGGGGUGGAGCUGCCAGAGGUUGGUGGGGGCUUUCCCACAGCCCAGGGCUGGGAGAAGGGAUGACGACGUGACCUUCAGCUGCUUCCUGCAUGGCUGCAGCUCUUGGGGAAGAGGUGUCAGCGCGGCUCAGGGAAGGGUAUUUGUCACCGAGUGUCCCCCAGCAGAGCUGGGAAAGCCACUUCAUCCACUCCCAGUUGCAAAGUCGUGCUUUGGGGUUAACCCUUGUGUGGCUGCUGCAGAGGAGCACACUCGUAUCUGGAGAGCAAAUCCUUCAGGGGCUCAGGGAAGCCGGGUGCUGCGGGGAGCAGCACAGCGUGUGAGGCUGAGCUGGGAUUGCAGCUGAAGGCUUGAAGGAAAAAGGCAGCAGUGCUCCACCGGGGUGUGGCUGCUGUGCCCUGGGGAGCUCCCUGGGCUUGGGGCACUGAGCAAACGCUUGGGUUUGUGAGUGCAGCCGUGUCAUCCCAGUGCUCCUGAAGGAGAUGCUGGCCUGUGCUGCUCUGGGCCCCACUGGAGCACACACAGACCCUGGGCUGGCAUCUUGGGCAGAUCCCUGACGUGAAGCACCGGCGUGCUGCCAAGUUGGUGGGAAGGUCACAGGGACGUGAGGAGUCAAGGGCAUCAGGGGAUGUUUUCCUGUGGGAAACAAGAAGCCCUGGCAGUGCUCCAGUACGGGCCCAUGUUCCAACAGUGGGAACAGCACAGAAGUCAGGCUGCUGCUGAAGGUGAUGGGGGCCGUGCCGGGAGGGGCUGGAGCGGGCAGCUGCUGCGCUUGCUCCAGGGAAGAACAAAAACAACGGGAUGCUGUCAGAUGCUGCAGCCACAGAGGUGCCCACAGGAGUCCAGGGCCUGUGCCAGGACAGCAGGACACUCACCUGGACCAGGCUGUGCCUGAGCCUUGUUGUGCUGGAUUUGCCUGGCACAAGGGAAUUGGGGUGGGUUUGUGCACAGCACCGAGGAAGUAAAACGUGUCUGUUGGACGUGGCUGUGUUUGGGACUGGGGAGCAGGAAAGCUGCCUUGGCAGCCAGGGAGACUCAGUCCUGCCUCUACAGGUGUUUGCUUCCCAGGGCUCACCAAGCCGGCACUGUGGCUCUGCUGGCUCCGGGCAGCACAAGGAGGCCAGGAAGGGUUCUGGGCAGUUUGGGGAGAGCCACAGUGAUGCUGUUAAUGGGGUGCAUUUUGGAAGACAGAGCUCUCCCCAGAAGGCUGCCUUGAGCUGGGGCUGUGCCCAGUGGGGCAGUGGGAAACAGUGACAAGGACACAGUUACCUUCCCAGAGCAAUGCUGAGCCGUGGUUGCAGCACCCCUGGGACAGCAAACUGCCCCAGUGGCACCCCCAUCUCUGCUGAGGCCCAGCUGCCCUCCUUGCUGCUCCAGCCAGCUGGCGCAGGCUCCCCGUUCCCAUCCUGCCAGCUCCUCUCCUUGUGUGCAGCUGUGAGUGCCCCAUGUGCAAGGGAAGCAGGAAUCUGCCCCUAAACCUGGGGGAGAAGAGCAUGGGGAGAGAAAAGCCAGUGUAACUGAACUGGAAAAGGUGUGUAACGUGCCAUGGGCUGGAAGCAGUGAGCCCCAGAGCUGGGGAUACCCUGCAGCGCCAAGGUGCUUUGACACCUUGACCCUGCUCAGCAGCCUGGCUUUGGAAAACUGAGCCGUGGGAGGAGAAGGUCAGGGACUGAAAAUACUCUAAGGACAGCAGGAAGGGCUGCAAGGGAAGGAAGACACACACCCUGCUGAGAAACGUGGUCUUGAGGGGGAUUUUUUGAGCCAUGGCAGGAAGAAGCUGAAACCCAAGCGGAGGCUGUGGUGGUGGACUGCUGCAGGAAGGUGGCACCUUGGAAGGCAGGGAGCAGGAGGGACUCCAGGCCAGGGGACACGGAGCAGUGUCCCAGCCAGGCUCUCAGCCUGGGAGGGUACCAGAGCCAGGGCUAAAGCUGGAACUGCUGGAGAGACAAUGAGUUCGUGCUGGGUGACUCCCCUGGCUGCCCAGCCCCUCUCCAGGGGUCUGGCACACAGCAGCUCCCUGGCAGCCUCCAGGUAAAGCCAAGCCAGGCCUCGGGUGAAAAGCACAACACCAGACAGGGAAUCCAGGACAACUUUCUUUAUUGCUACCAGAAGGCUUUCAUCAGUACAAUGGCUCUGGAUACGAUACCUUCCUCAGGGCUGUGGAGAGAGCUUACAGUCGGGACAGGGUGUUCUGAGAACAGGGUGUCACACGGAGGAGACGCGUUAAAGGGCUGGCUCUUGGUUAGAAGUUACAUGAACACAAAACUCGGGGGUCGGGGUGUUUUGUUUUGGUUCUGUGGCUGGUGAUGACACACGUUCCAAACCUCAGGCGUGCUCAGCCACCCCGGCACCUCACC